GGAAUGCAGGAAGAAGAGGCGAAUAACUUGUCUACAUUCUUCCCUUUUUUUCGCAUAGGGCAGGAAAUAUCAGGAGUGGCAGAAGCCCGACUCUUUGGAAAACUAGUCGACCAAAAGCCUCAGGUCACCUGGCUUGGUGACCCUUAUUACUAUUCCAAAACCUCCGCAUCGGGCCGGAACUCGAUUGAAAUGCCUGGUUUGGCGCCGGACUGUGAAAGCAGAUGGACUUUCAUGGGAAACCGGAUUACCCGGUGGAGAAAAGCUGGGGACCUGGAGGAAGCCGCUGUUCAGCGCCGGCUGGGCAAGCAAGUGGGCUUUUGCCCGCGGCUCGUGCUCCCGGGACUGGCGAGGGCUGCGCAACACGAAAAGGUUGGAUUGGGCUAUUGGCUGAAGCUUCUUUCCAUGGUAGCUUAGGGAGAAAUUCACGUUUUGAUGUUUUCUUACCAUGGCUUUGGUUCACAAGUGGAUGAAUGGCACUUACAGUCUUAGAAAAUGCCUGAAGCUAAGUGAUGCCUCACGUCCAUUUUUGAGUACUCGCUUUGCAGACUAUUGUUCUAGUGGUCUUCAGAAACCGGUAGCUACUCCUGGCAAAGCUUCUGCUCAGGGGAACACUGAAGGGGGUUUACAAGGAGAUCACCAGAGAGAAGUCGCUUUGGAUAUAACUUCUCCUGAGGACAAGCCUGAAGCUAGUUUUGAUAAAGCAAUUAAAGAUGAAAUAAAGGACCAUUUGAGGCGUUUGAAGGAUGAUAUUGUGAAUCAUUGGAUAGGGCCCGAAGGCCGCCCUCUGCAUGAGGUCUUGAUGGAACAAGCCAAAGUGGUCUGGCAGUUCCGUGGAAAAGAAGAUUUGGAUAAGUGGACAGUGACUUCAGAUAAGACAAUUGGAGGCAGAAGUGAAGUGUUCCUGAAAAUGGGCAAGAAUAACCAAAGUGCGCUGCUGUACGGAACUCUGAGCUCCGCGGCACCUCAGGACGGCGAGAGUGACCGCAGUGGGUACUGUGCAAUGAUGUCCAGGGUCCAACGGGGCCCUUUUGACAUAAAGAGACCUUACGACUGGUCCCAGUUCAACACUCUGUAUCUCCGCGUCCGUGGAGAUGGUCGGCCUUGGAUGGUGAAUAUCAAGGAAGACGUGGAUAUGAUCCAGAGGAAGAAUCAGAUGUACAGUUACUUCAUGUUCACCCGUGGGGGGCCCUACUGGCAGGAGGUCAAGAUUCCAUUCUCCAAAUUUUUCUUCUCUAAUCAAGGGAGAAUCCGGGAUGCCCAGCACCAACUCCUGCUUGACAAGAUCUCUUCUAUCGGAUUCACCCUGGCUGAUAAAGUGGAUGGUCCAUUCUUCCUGGAAAUAGAUUUUAUUGGAGUGUUUAAUGAUCCAGCCCACACAGAAGAAUUUGCCUACGAAAAUUCUCCAGUGCUUAACCCAAAACUUUUCAAAUAGAGAUCACGUGGUAGUUCUGUAUUACUAAACUAGGGUAGUAGUAUCUACAAUGAGGGACAAAAUAAAGUAUUUCUUUGAUGGCAUACAAUCAGUGGCUGGUAUAUAGUCCCUAAGACAAAGCUAAAUGGUGCUCCCAAGAGGGACCAUCCGUAUAGCGGGAACACAGCAUGAAACCAGGUUCUAAGCUGUACCUUAACUUAGGGAAUUGCAAGUACUAUACUGAUGCAGAGGUGCUAUGUAAGCAACUUUUCAGUUGGUUAGAAUGAUUCCUAUUAGAAACAAUUCCUGCGUGGUUUCCAAAGCAAGGAGUCUGAGAUGACUGUUGAUGGCCUCCUACCACUCUGUUCCUUAAAGGUUUCUUCUGUUUUCUAAUCCAUCUUUGAGGGAAACUGCUGAAGAACAUUUAAGAUAAAUAAGUCACUGAGAAAAGACACAUGUACUGUCUUAGUCUGCUUGGGCUGCUAUACCUAAUUACUGUAGACCAGGUAGCUUAAACACACACUUACUCCUCACAGUUCUGGGUGCUGAGAAGUCUAAGGUCAAGGUACCUGCAUGUCUGGUGUCUGGUGAGGGUCUGCUUCUUUGAUUAUAGACAGCUGCCUUCUUGCUGUAUCCUUACAGGGGUCUCCUUCUUAAAGACACUAAUUUCAUUACAAGUACUCCACCCUCAUGACCCAGUUGCCUUCCAAAGGCCCUCCCACCUCCAAGUACCAUCAUAUUGGAAAUUGGGGUUUUAACGUGUGAAUUUGGGGGCAACACAGACAUGUAGUCCAUAAUACAUAGAGAACUAACUAGUCUUCCAAAGAUAAAUGAUCCUUACCAGUUCUUACUUUGUAGUGACUUUGAUGUAACCACUAGAGAAACUAAAUCAGGUAUCAAACUAACGUCCCCUAAACUUCCCGUCAUUUUAAGUAUCACCGAGAUUGCAUAGACCAAAACUGAGAAUAAUUAAUAGGGUUUUAAAUUGAUCAUUCUUACCUUACAAAAAGGAGAUAGGAAACUAUUAUUAUAGUCAGAGUAAAACUAUAUUAUUAAGAGUACCCUAAGAGAGCCAAGUUUAAAAUAAAUAAGAGAAUAUAAAUCAUUCAGGUGACUUGGCCCCCUCUACAGCCCAGAUUUGGUGCCCUGCAACUUCUGGCUUUUCCCAAACCUAAAAUCACCUUUGAAAGGGAAGAGAUUUCAGACUGUGAAUGAGAUUCAGGAAAAUACAACGGGGGAGCUGAUGAUGACUGGGAGAGCCGAGUGAGGUCCCAAGGUACCUACUUUGAAGGGGACUGAGGCAUCAUUGUCUUGUGUACAAGGUUUCUUGUAUCUUCUUCAGUAAAUGUCUUUAUUUUUCAUAUUACAUGGCAGGAUACUUUCUGGACAGACCUCAUGUAUACCUAGGUGUAGAAUUGCUGGGUCACAUGAUACAUGUACAUUGAACUUUUUAAAAAAAAAUUUCCUCUUCUCUCCCCUGUGGUCACUGUCAGCCUGUCCUCUAUUUCAGUGUCUUUGGUUAUAUUUUGCUUGUUUCUUUGUUGUUUAGGUUCCUGUUAAAGGUGAGAUCAUAUGGUAUUUGUCUUUCACUGCCUGGCUUGUUUUGUUUAGCAUAAUGUUUUUCAGCUCCAUCCAAGCUGUUGCAAAGGGUAGGAGCUCCUUCUUUCUGCUGCAUAGAAUUCCAUUGUGUAAAUGUACCAUAGUUUUUUGAUCCAUUCACAUUGAACUUUUUAAAGAAACUACUAAACUGUUUUUCAACAUGGUUGUAUAAUUUUACCUUCUCAGCAGCAGUAUAUUUGACAGUUACCCCACGGUUUCUUGAUUUAUCUGAUCAGUGCCUUCUGACAGCAAAAUCUAAGUUGAUUAAGCACCCAGGAGUGUGUCGUGUUCUGUGGGUUCAUCAGUGUGAAAACACAAAAGAAGGACAUGGUCACUUCUUGGGAUGGGCGGGGUGUGGUCAGGAAAGGAUGAAGAGCACGAGGGACCUUGUCCGUCUUAGCUGGUCAACCAAAUCUAAGAAGACAAUUGUUUACAAAGAAUGAAUCUACCACCGUGAGGAAAAAUUUUAUUUAUGAAAAUCUGAGGCAGUACAAAACCUAGAACUCCACUUACGUGCAGCAAACAUGGAUGUGAUGCUAAGCAACUCCAGUCUCUCCAUCAGUUGAAUAAGAUAUAAGUUUGACAGCACAGUAAUCCUUAAAGCAGCAACCCUCCAACUUCAGUAUGGCUUCGUAUAUUGUUAAAUAAGCAAGGCUAGACCAAGCUACAGAGUUUUUGUUUUUAAGAAUAUAUUAAGUGAGAUGGCAAUUACAUGACACGAUCUAAACAAAGGUGCAUAAGCUUGAAACAAACCACUUCAACAUGGGUAAAAUAUUGAUGCCAUAACCAAUCCAUAUGGCCCACAGUUUCAUUAAGUGAUUAGAUUCUCUAGAGGAUGAAGAGGUGACUUUGCCCAGCUUAUCCUAUUCCUCUUCCUACUGUUCAACUUCUACUAAAGCUUGCCUAGAAGAGGAUCACAACUGUGUUAAUAUUAGAGCUAGCAGAGGGAACUUGGCAUUAAUAAUGUAGGUCAAGAAUCUAUAGGAUGGAAU